UUUAAGGGGCGGGACAUAUCUCCAAAACCCGGAAAUACAGAUUGUUUUCAUCGUGUUAUCAGGGGGACUGGGUUGAGUUCGCCCUUGCCCUCAAAAGAAAUGGGUUUCGAAAGCGAUGACAACCAAGAAAUGGCCGCUAAAAGUUCUGUUCCACAAACGGACGUUGACCCGCAGACCGCAGUAUUGCGCAUAAGCCAGCUGGACGCCCUGGAGCUAGACUCGGCUCUAGAGCAGCUGGUAUGGACCCAGUUCUCCCAGUGCUUCCACAACUGCCGCCCCGGCCUGCUCACCCCACUGGAGCCUGAACUGAGGGCUCUGCUCCAUUUGCUUGUGUGGAGGUUCACACUUUAUUCUAACAGUGCCACUGUGGGCCAGUCUUUACUGAGCCUGCGCUACCACAACAUGCUUUCCUCGUCGCCCCGUUACAGACCUCUGUCUCGCAGGCAGAAGCUGGGUCUGGCCUUGCUUACUGCAGGUCCACGCUGGCUCCAGGAGCGCUCCCACAGCCUGCUGCUGUGCUUGAGUUCAGGAGGGCCUGUAUCUGAAAGAGUUAGUGGUUUACUCCAACAGGGCCUCCGCAAUGGCCUGACCCUUGUUUCUAGCAUCACACAGCUUGCAAGUCUCAUCAACUUCCUUGUGUUCCUAAAGAAAGGUCGCCAUCCGGUCCUGGCUGAAAGGAUCGUGGGAGCUCGGGCGGCUUUCAGCAAGCCCGAUGUGGUCAGGGACGUAGCCUACCAGUACAUGAACCGCGAGCUGAUGUGGCACGGCUUUGCCGAGUUCCUCAUCUUCCUGUUACCGCUGAUCAAUACAAGGAAACUGAAAGCAGCAGUGUCUUCGAUUGUUUUGGGGGGACAGAGUGCUGAUGGGAAGGGAGGCACGGAGAGGCAAGAGGCGUGGAAGGAGUGCGGACUGUGCGGAGAGUGGCCGACCAUGCCUCACACGGUGGGCUGUAGACAUGUUUUCUGCUACUACUGCAUCAAAAGCAACAGCAUUGCAGACGCUUACCUCACCUGCCCCAGAUGUGGGGCCGAAGCAGGGCAGCCUGAGCCGGUCAAGAUGGAGCUGGAGAUGAUUAGCAUGUGAAGAAGUGUAUUUGGUAAUUGCAGGGACUUUGAAAUUAAAAUGGGGAUUCAUAUAUA